AUGUCGGCGGUGUCGUUGUUCCCCAUGUGUGUGCGGGCGAGCCGGGGCCUCCUCAGGCUCAGGAGCGGAGCGGCGCUGGAGGUGGUCAGGGCGCUGUCCACCCAGAGGUCGACGGGAGGAGACAGCAGCGCUACCGGCGGACUGGCUCAGGCCAUUUUACAAGAGAGACUACAGCAGCAGCAGAGGAGUCAGGGCCAGCCCCCUCCUGAGGGGGAGGAGACCUCUGACCAGAAGCGAGAUGACCAAAGCGAGGACAAGAAACAGAAAGAAAACACAGCGUAUGCUAAGAAGGUGGUCCUUCGCCUAGCGGGGCUUAUGGGACUUGGCGGCGCAGUCGGCGUGGUGUACAUAUUCGGUAGCAACUCUGUGGAUGAACAAGGAAAUAAGAUCCCAGAUGAGUUUGAUAAUGAUGUUCCAGUUAUCCAGCAGCUCAAGAGAACCUACAAAUAUUUCAAAGAUUACAGACAGAUGAUCAUUGAGCCCACAAGCCCAAAGCUUCUUCCUGACCCGCUGAAGGAGCCAUAUUACCAGCCUCCAUACACUCUGGUGCUAGAGCUCACUGAUGUUCUUCUCCAUCCGGAAUGGUCGUUGGCCACAGGCUGGCGUUUUAAGAAGAGGCCUGGUAUAGACUAUCUCUUCCAGCAGCUAGCGCCGCUUUAUGAGAUAGUCAUCUUCACAUCAGAAACAGGCAUGACGGCGUACCCCCUGAUUGACAGCAUAGACCCUCAGGGCUUUGUCAUGUAUCGCCUCUUCCGGGAUGCCACACGCUACAUGGAGGGACAUCACGUGAAGGAUGUGUCUUGUCUGAACAGAGACACUUCUAAAGUCAUUGUAGUAGACUGCAAGCGAGAGGCCUUCAGCCUGCAGCCCUUCAAUGGCAUGGCAUUGCGCAAGUGGGAUGGCAAUUCAGAGGACCGCACGCUCUAUGACCUUGCUGCCUUUCUUAAGACAAUUGCGAUGAGUGGUGUGGAGGAUGUUCGUACUGUGCUGGAAAAUUAUGCCCACGAGGAGGACCCCAUCGAAGCCUUUAAAAGGAGACAAGCACAACUUGCACUGGAGGAGGAGCAGAGGCUGGCUGAGCUCUCUCAACAGAAGAAACAGGGCUUAUCUUUCAGCUCCAUCACCAGCCGUUUCUGGUCCCGCAAGCAGCAGUGAAGACUCUGCUCACUCGAUGCCUCCAGUCGCAGUCCACGCUGGGCAGUGACUGUCCAGUGGGAUGGGGCCUCGGUCACUGCAGAGGAUGGUGUAUCCGGGUGCUUGGGAGGGAGGGUACAGAAGAAGAGGCGAGACAUGAGGGAGAGGAAAAAAAUCCAACCAUCCAAUUCAAUUCACCGAAAGGGUUCUACCAUGUUUUCGAGUGGGACUGGAAAGGAGUCCUACUACUCUAAUAUAACAUUCGGUAUCUUUGUGUUGGCGAUGGCAUUCCCUGGACUGCACACACAGCCUACAGCCUGCCUUCGUCUGAUCUCAUUUUUUUUGUUUGUCACUGAUGUCUGUGUUGUUCCAAGGGGAGAGCUCAUACAUGGACUGAUUUUGGCCCACCCCUCAGAUCGCUCAAUGUUUCUAUUUGUGCAGAACAGAAAACUACUUUAGCAGCCACACCUUGUAUUGGACACAGUCUGAACUGAUAUGAAGAUUACAGAUUCCCUCUCACACUCAAGACUGACUGUAAUAGCCUCAGUUUAAUGCUGUACUUGGAUCACCCACUAUACUUUAGCAGGUGUGCUGGAGAGACUGCAUCAGUGUCAAAGGAUAUCAGUCUGUAGUUCAUAUCAAGCAAAGUCAGAUCAAGUGGUGAGACUGACAGGGGGUCAUUUCUGCUCAAGACCAGAAUGGUCCACUUUGUCUCAGUGUGCUUGUUGAUGGGUCUGUGUAAUGCAUUUGAUGUGAACCAAUUAAAUGACCUUCAAUAAACAAAAUAUGUAUUACUUUC